UCAAAUAGAUGUAAUAUGGCGCAAAAACAUUUUGUCACACAUAAAUUCAAAUGCAUCAUACUGUUGCGAAACAAGAAAGAAAUGCAUUUUGCUUUCAUUUGUGGACACUUUUCUUUUUAGUGGAAAAAUACUGAGCUGUGGGGUCACAUAAGGGGGUCACAUAUCACCAUGUUUGUAUUCACAGAGGAAGAAAUGUAACAACCAAUCAAAGGAGAGGAAACAAUCAGAGCAAAUUCCACUCAGGUGAGAGGAUAGAAAACCAGCCAAGUAAGCCCGAGUCAGGCCUGUCUGCAGGAGCCCGCGUCUGUGCUGUGAAGAGUUUGAAAUCUGCUGUGGUUUCAGGAAGAAGAUGUCCUACAGAGUGAACUUCUCUCCUCUCCUGCAUGUGCACACACCACCGCCUCAGCCCUGUCAUAAAGUGUGUGACGUAGGAUACAGCUCCAGUAUGAAAGGGCAAACUCUGCUCGGACGGGGAGGCUAUGAACCACUGUGCGGCUCAAAUACCCCUGAUGAAACCGACCCGGCUCUGAAAGAUCACCUGUUGCUGCCUGGUACAGAGGAACCCUUUGGGAUGGAGAGGCUGCUGAGGAAAUGUCAGAUCAGAAACCAGCUGGUCAGAGAGUGCUUGGCUGAAUGCCUCGGAGUCUACGUCCUUAUUCUGUUUGGAUGUGGCUCCGUUGCCCAGGUGACCACAUCCGAAGAUAAGAAGGGGCAAUAUCUGUCGAUCAACCUGGGCUUUGCUCUGGGAGUAACAUUCGGUGUCUUUGUGUCUCGUGGAGUCUCAGGUGCCCAUCUGAACCCUGCUGUAUCUCUGAGCUUGUGCGUGUUAGGCAGACACCCCUGGAUAAAGCUGCCAUUUUACGUGUUCUUCCAAGUGCUCGGAGCCUUCCUGGCUGCAGCCACCGUUGGCCUGCAGUACCAUGAUGCCAUCCAUGCUUACAGCGAAGGUGAGCUGACAGUGACGGGUCCCACUGCCACAGCUGGCAUAUUCGCCACCUAUCCAGCUGACUACCUCAGUUUGUGGGGAGGUGUUAUGGACCAGAUCAUCGGCACGGCUGCACUGCUGUUAUGUGUCCUCGCUCUUGGGGACCAGAGGAACAGCACCCUCCCUGAUGGGCUUCAGCCUGUUCUGGUGGGGAGCGCGGUGCUGGUUAUUGGCAUCUCAAUGGGAUCCAACAGCGGCUAUGCUCAACCCGCCAGGGAUUUUGGACCUCGACUGUUCACAUACAUCGCCGGCUGGGGAGUGGAUGUCUUUAAGGCUGGAGGUGGUUGGUGGUGGGUGCCCAUAGUGGCUCCCUGCGUUGGAGCGCUGCUGGGAACUCUGAUGUACGAGCUGAUGAUUGAAGCCCACCAUCCUCUCAGUCCGUCUGAGCUCCAGACCUCAUGCCAGGAGGCCACUGAGGGCAAGACGGAGCUGGAGCUGGACUGUGAAAAAAGCUCUUAGUGCUAAAAGUAAGCCGCAGUUAAGCGGUUUGUUGUGUAUAGUUAAGGCUGUUUAUGGUGUAAUACUCACUGAAGCUGUCUUUGUAAAUAUAUGUGACUGAUGUAUUAAAACAAGCAGAUUGGUUGUGUUUGCAGAGAUACAUGUCCUGUAGCAUAACUGCACAUGCAAGCACAACUAAAUCUAGUUUCUGAUGUUUUGUUAAAAAACUUUUGGAUAAAUUGCUAUAAAAUUUGAUACAAAUGA